AUGGAGACGCCCAAUCAGCAGACGAAGGACUUUAUGGCAUCUUUCUUCCCCCCCGACAUGGACCCGACGCAGCUGCAGGCCGCCGCUUCAGACCACGCACAAUUCCAAUUCCACCACCAACAACCGCCAUCUAAUGGCUCACAAGUGGACCUUGCGAUGGGCAGCUUGAUGGGGGUCAACGACCAGAGCUAUAACCCCGCCGCACUCCUCGAGCAACAGUACAAGCUGUCUCAACUUCAACAGCUUCAACAGCUGCAGAACCAAAUCUUCCAGCAACAAAUUGCUCUCAUUUCGGGUUCAUCGCCAAGUCUUGAACCGGAACCGCGAGAAAGGGUGGUGCCAUUUCAUGGGCUGCCCACUCCAGGCAAUUCGACGGAACUUCGUGCGACACCGUCUGUGGAAUAUGUUUCUCCCAUGAUCCUCGACUACAACGAUACUUUCUCGCAACCAUACGCUCCUCCUCGCGGCUCAACAUCCGCACCAGCCCACAUUGCUUUCAGGACCACCCCAAACGAGCUCGACUUUGAUAUCUCUCCACUCACGAGCCCGUGGCUUGGGGCCCACCAGCAACCUUCUGCCGCGUCACGGGCUGGCACGAAACGGAAUGCCGCGUCUUCAAGCGAUGAAGAUGUAGGGACCUCGUCUGGCAGGCCAUCGAGGAAAAAGCAGUCACCAGCCAUUCGAGCGAGUGUGCCGAUACCGCCGAAACGAAGCAGCAACAGUCGGUCUAAAUCAGCCAACUCGACACCGCUGCUUCGCUCAACAAGAGCAAGGAAAGGCAGCAUUAAUGUACCUGGCGACACGCCGUCGCCUGUAGACUUGUCAAUGCCACCACCAGCUCCUCCCAUCGAGUCAUCUCCAUUCCCCGCUCACUCUUCUCCGGCACUCGGGCCGCAAUUGACGCCUGUCACGCCAGCAAGCAUCAUGAACCUUGGGAGGUUGGGCAUUAAUACGACGAUCAAAUCAUCAAGCAAGAAGUCGGCCUCUCCUAAUGUUAAAGCACUGACCCCGACCGUGGCUUCUUCGUCUCGACAGCAACAUCUGCCCCCGAAGAAAACGUCGCAUAAGGCGGCAGAACAGAAACGGCGCGACUCUUUAAAGACUACCUUUGACGAUCUGAGGACAUUGCUCCCGCCCAUUCCGCUGCCCAACGAAACCAACGCCGAUGAGCCUGUGCUGCCUGGUGCCCUUCCGCCCAGAGGACCACCUAAAGCGGGUGGAGAAGGGCCCAACAAGGGCGUGAGCAAGCUCCAAUUGCUGAUGUGUGGGAACGACUACAUCAGGCAGCUGCAUGGGCGUGUUCAGCGUCGAGACGAUGAGAUUGGACGGCUGAGAAGAGAGGUCACGAGAUUAAGGUCUGUUUUACGUGGUGAGAUUGACUUGCUGCCGGAAGAAGAGGGCCUGGAUCUGGAACGAGAUUUGGACGACGUCGAGCUUGGUCAUUUUCUUGGGCGGAAUGGGCAGGGGAUGUUGGACGAUGAUGAGGAGGAUGAUUGA